UUACCACCAGCACCCACGAUGGCUCAACCUCCACCACCCCCGGGAUAUACCCAACCUCAGCAACCUAUGGGAUAUCCCACACAACAAUCAGCUCAACAUACUGUGAUAGUCACGAAUCCGGGAUAUGCACAACCCAUCAAUAUUUUCCGUGAGAGUCCCGUCAGCAUGGCCUGUCCAUUUUGUAAUGCGCAAAUAGUCACUUCCACUUCAUACGUCACUGGCACGCUCGCCUGGCUUCUCUGUGGCAUCCUGAUCCUUCUGGGAUUGUGGAUCGGCUGUUGCCUCAUUCCAUUCUGCCUUAAUGGCUGCAAGGAUGUCAUUCACUCCUGCCCAAACUGCAACCAACAGGUCGGCAAGUUUAACCGUAUGUAGAUAAAAUGGUAUAUCGGGAAUAACUACUUAACACCAGUUUUAAAUCGACGUGGAUCGCGUUUCUAUUACAUCUGUUAUCAAACGUGAUCUCAACCAUCUAGAAUUGGAAAGAUGUCAUAAAAAUGAA